UUGUUUACAAAUAGUUUGUUGACGUUUUUGAAUGUUAUUUACUUUUAAUAAUAAUAAUAAUCACAACAAUAGUGGACACAAAUCAAGUGAUCAAUUUCUGAAAGAACUGACGAUUACAAUGGCUGACAAAGACAACAAAGAUAAGGACACCAAAGAUGAUGGCAAUAAACCCACAAAAUUUAAAAACUAUACGUUAUAUGACAUCCAGAAGAUUAGAUUGGAAAAGCUGAUGAAAAAUCCGGACAAACCCGUUGAUAUACCCGAAAGACAUAAGGAGAAAAAGUUUGCCGAACCGCCGGACUUUGUCCGCAAUAUAAUGGGUUCAAGUGCUGGUGCCGGCAGUGGAGAGUUUCAUGUCUAUCGACAUCUUCGACGCAAAGAAUACGCCCGAAUGAGACACAUCGAGAAUACGGCUAAACAUGAAGAGAUGGACAAUAAGUAUUACAAGAGAGUCGAAGAUAACAAGAAAAAAGCUGAAGAAAAGACGGCAAAGAAGAGAGAAAAACGACAGAAACGAAAACAGAAACUGAAGAAUAAAAGAUUGAAAAAAGCCGAUAAACAAGACAAAUCUGAUAAAAGCGAUGACAAUGGCAGCAACAGUGAUGGUGAUGAUGAUGAUAAUGAUGAUGAGGAAGAACAGAAAGAUCAGACAGUGGAUCAAACAAAAGAUGAAUGAAUUGAUAUAUUUUUGUUGUUUUAUUUAUUUGCUAUGAUUUAAUUACAUAAGAUUUUUUAUUGUAUAAAUAAUUUUGUCAUUAUAAAACUCAUUAAUAAAUGUCAUUU